AUGGAACAAGUGAAGCUAGAGGUGGUAAGGAGAGAAGUGAUCAAGCCUGCUUCACCAUCGCCUCAUGAUCGUCUUCAACUCUCCAUCUUCGACCUCAUCUCUCCCGCAGUUUACGUGCCGGUGAUCUUCUUCUACAAAGCUGAAGAUGUCACCGAAUCGCCGGAGAUCAUCUCUGGGAAACUGAAAAGCUCUCUGUCCGAGACUCUGUCACGUUUCUAUCCAAUUGCAGGACGAAUAGAAGGCGUCUCAAUCAGUUGCAACGAUGAAGGAGCCGUCUUCACUGAAGCACGCACUGAUAUCCUUCUCUCCGACUUCUUGAGAAACAUCAACGUGGACUCUCUAGACCGAUUCUCCCCGAUCACCCUAGGAGAUUCUCCAACGGUGUGGCCGUUGUUAAGUGUCAUGGUCACUUUCUUCGGGUCUGGAUCAGGAGUUGCGGUCACGGUCGCUGUUUCUCACAGGCUCUGCGACGCAGCCUCAUUGUUGACCUUCGUCACUGACUGGGCCACGACCACUGCAAAAGGGAAGUUAAACAAUAAUAUUCACUUCGCUGAGACGACCAUUUAUCCUCCUCCUCAUGCCAAUUUACAGUCACCAUCAACGGAUUCUACAAUCAAGUGUGUAACAAAUAGGUUUGUCUUCGAGUCCUCUAAGAUCGCUGAGCUUAAACGCCAGGCAGCUAGCAAAGCUGUCCCGUUACCUACACGUGUGGAAGCUAUGUCGGCGCUUGUAUGGAGAAUUGCCAAAAACGCCUCGCGUUCUAACUUCUCUGUUCCAAGGCCGACGCUGAUGUCUCAAAUCAUGGACUUAGGAUUCCGUCUACACGGGACGCGAUCGGCAACCUACAAACAUCAUUGUUCGUCAAGACAGGCGACGCCUUGGAAAUCUACGAUACCGUGGCUGCAUACAGGAAGGCCAAAGAAGGAAUCAACGAGAUGA